UUUAUUUUUUUUUUUUUGAAAAAAAGACGAUGAAUAGCAAAACUGCUCAAACUGUAGGCAAGUAUGCCAUGCAAUAUCUAUUGGAAUCACAAAGCAAUAAGAACAAGACCAACCAUCCACCACCACCACCACCACCACUCAUUAGCGACAAAGAACCUCCUCGACGAUGGUGGAGUCGUCGACCUCGUCCUGAAGAUAUUCUUACCAAAGAAGAACGCAAGAUUUUGAAAUCAGUCAAGAAUAAGGCCUAUUUUCUAGAUCGUGGGGUUAAUUGUUGUUGUUUUCAAAUUGGUUUCGAUGGUCUUAUUGGAUUCAUUCCUGUCGUAGGUGACUUUAUUGGUCUUAUCUUUGCUCUCUUUUUGAUCGAAAGAGCCAUGGAUGCUCAUUUGCCAUCUAAACUUAUCAACCAAAUGUUGAUCAAUGUUGCCGUGGACUUUCUGAUUGGCCUCGUUCCUAUUGUGGGAGAUAUAUUGGAUAUCAUGUAUAAAUGCAAUACAAGAAACGCACUUUUAUUGGAAGAAUAUUUGAUUCAACGACGACAACAUCAAUUACGGAAAAAGGAUUCGGAGCAAGCAACAUCAAGUCAGGUUGUGAAUAAGGACGAUACCUAUAAUCGAUCAAAAGUCAAAGACAAGAUGAAAUCACCUACUCCUUCACCUUUGAGAUGAUCAUCUAGUUCUACCAACACAUCAUCAUUAUCAUUUUAUCUUAGUUUAUUUAUUUAUUUAUAUUUGUAGUUAUUAGUCUUUGUUUUUCUUUAAUAAAUAUGAUCUACUUUUUUUUUUUU